UGCUUAAUGACUUAUUGCAAGCAUCAUAAAGUUGGCCCUGUACUUUGUUUUCCCCCUGACUUUCUACAUUCUGCUUCAGAGGGUGUUUAAAGUCUGCUAUUUGAGGGGAAGGUUCAAGGGCCUCCCCAGCCUAGCCUGGUGUCAAUUCACACUCUCUUGUCUCCCUCUGGUGGUGCAGAAGCAGGAUGAGUUUUGAUCCUUUGUGUAGUCUGUGGUUCAGCAAGGAGGGCAUGGAGGCUAAUGGGAGGUUGGAUCAACAGCACCAAGUCAGAAAGCAAAAAACGGACACAUUCCAAGAUGUAUUCCAGAAAGUAGAGAAGAUUGGGGAGGGCACCUAUGGAGUUGUGUAUAAAGCAAGAAACAAGCAAACAGGCCAGUUAGUUGCUCUGAAGAAGAUCCGACUUGAUUCGGAGACAGAAGGAGUACCUAGUACGGCAAUCAGAGAAAUCUCACUGUUAAAAGAAUUGAAACACCCAAAUAUAGUGAGGCUCCUUGAUGUAGUACAUAAUCAGAAGAAACUAUAUUUAGUCUUUGAAUAUUUGAAUCAAGAUCUUAAAAAGUACAUGGACUCAUCCCGUACAGGAGAGCUUCCUCUAAGCUUAGUCAAGAGCUAUCUUUACCAACUGUUGCAAGGUGUAAGCUUCUGCCAUUCUCACAGAGUUAUCCACAGAGACCUGAAGCCACAGAAUUUGCUCAUAAAUGAAAUGGGAGCUAUCAAACUAGCUGAUUUUGGCCUAGCCAGAGCUUUUGGAGUUCCCCUACGUACCUACACACAUGAGGUGGUUACCUUAUGGUAUCGGGCUCCUGAAAUUUUACUGGGUUGUAAAUAUUACUCAACAGCUGUGGAUAUCUGGAGCAUUGGGUGUAUUUUUGCAGAAAUGGUGACUAGAAAAGCCUUGUUUCCUGGAGACUCUGAAAUUGACCAACUAUUCCGGAUUUUCCGCACACUUGGCACUCCUACUGAAUCCCUGUGGCCAGGAGUCACAAAUCUUCCUGACUAUAAAGGAAAUUUCCCCAAAUGGCCAAGGAAAGACAUGAAAGUGAUCAUUCCAAACUUGGAUCAAGAUGGACGAGACUUACUGCUGCAACUACUAAUGUAUGACCCCAACAAGCGAAUCUCAGCCAAAGCUGCUUUGAACCACCAGUAUUUCUGGCAAGCUCCACGGGAUGCUAAACAGUGUGUGGUAGAACAGUAUGGAUCAUGAGAUUAAGAAGUUCUGGUUAAUGCUUUGCUGGAAAUAGCUAUGGGAUUGUCUCGUUCUAAACAACAUAGCAAAGGAGCAGCUGUAACUAUCAUUAAAAUGUUCUUGGCCUUUUGCCCAGUUUAAUAUUCAUGCAAACAUUUUGACAAUUGUAAAUGGUACAGAUCCUUCUAAGGACUGAUAGUUCUUCUUUAACAGAGGUGAAAAAGCUUAAUGCUUUUAGUAUAUGAAAAGGAGUAGUACGAUUUGCUAUCUGAAUAGUAGAAUGAGAAAAAAGUUUAACUAAAUCCACUUUCUGUAAUAUAUUAUUCACUCUUUUUUGUAGUUCAAGUACUAGCAUUACAAGAUAUGGUUAUUAUUAUUUAGAUUAGACUAGCGCAUCCUACAGUAGCCUAGGCGAUGUUGAUUUUUCUUUUUUUAAUAUGAACUCAUGCUCUAUUUCACAACACUAUUGAAAACUAACCAUGCUAAAAAAAAAUGUAUGUUUGUGUGUGGGGGAACUAGAUAUCACAGAGACACACUGAAAUAUGAUAUGCUUGAGUUUCUUUCUGUAUGUAUCCAUAAAAACAAGAACUUUGUAUCAUCUAGACCAGGGGUGUCAAGCUGCCGCGCCCACCCCAUUGCCGCCAGUGGCAAAAAAAGUCACAAUACGUCGCGACGUGUUACGUGACGUUGCGAGUUUGACACCCUGAUCUAGACUAUUAAAUAAUUAAGAGGCUUCUUUAGCUGCAGUUUGGGUUUUCAGAAAUAUUAGAAUUUUAGUUUCUAAUUAAAUAAAAAUAUCAAAAUCUGAUCAUCAACAUGCCAAAAUCUGAAUUAGUGUGUGACCUAAAAUAAACGAAUAAAUAAACACUUGAAAAAUUCUA